AUGACCGCAAUCGAUAAAAUACAAGCCUUGGAUCACAUUGAACGAGAACUGAUCUUGUGCUUGCAAAGUGCCGGUGCGGCACUGAUGGAACUAAGCAAGGAAAAGACCAGCCAAAAAGCAACGGAAACAAACGUUAACCAGUUCCUAAAGUCGCUCAACAAUGUAGAGACGAAGCUUUCGGAACAGAUAAACUAUCUCACGCAAGUGUCGACCGGGCAACCGCACGAAGGUUCCGGUUACGCAUCGGCCAAGGUGCUGCAAAUGGCGUGGCAUCGCAUACAGCACGUCAAGUCGCGCAUCAAGGAUCUGGAAGAGUGCAAAAUGCGCUACAUACAGGCCAAUCGUAUGCAGAGUAACCGCGUUGGACAGAACGCCUCAUCCACCACAGCUGGUGUUAUGCUUUAA